AUGGCGAGAAGAUCUGAAAACUCUCCCGCGAGUCAAGGAACUGGUCCUGAGCCUCCAAGAUCCGAUGCAGGCGGAGAUGCGCCUGGCAACAACAAUACUCCUUCCGAUCCCACCGCCGUCUCAGCCGCGUCUGGUUCCCAGAAACGCGGCCGUGGUCGACCGCCGAAGCCCAAAUCCGACGCCCCAGCAAACGGUGCCGUUUCAGCUCAGGUGACUAGGAAAAGCAGUCGCUCGACAAGAAACGGAGCUCCACCAGCUGUUCCGGCGGCGUCUGCGGCGGCGGCUGUGAAGAGCGGUCGUGGUAGGCCAAAGAGGACGAACACUCAGGCUGUGACGGCGCCUGUGGCUGCUACUGUAGAUGGCUCCAGAAAACGAGGUAGGCCAAAGAAAGAUGACGUGGCGGCUACAGCUACUGCGAUUGUGGCGGCUCCAGCUAAGAAACGUGGACGGAAACCUCAAAGUGAGCAAGUUGCUGCUACCAAGAAGACUGUGGGCAGGCCAAACAAGGCAACAGAAGCUACAACUGGACAAGGAGCUGCAGACCCUAAAGAGCUCAAGAAAAGAGCCGCACUCUUGCAAAGGAAAGUGAAGCAAGCUGCAGACAAGUUGCAAAUAGCAGUUUCAGCGAUUGAGGAGGUCCAAGAGAUAGCGGCUGGAAUGUAG